AUGGUUAAAUCAUUAAGUGCAUUACCAUUAGAUAAACAAUCACUUACAGUUGACGCAAAUGAGAAUAUUAAACAAGCUGUUUCAUUUAAUAAUUCAGAAUCAGCUUUUGAACCAUUAAGUGACGAUUUAAGUCCAGAAAAUUCAAAUGAAAUUAAAAAGAUCCUCAUUAAGCCACCACUGAAUAAUUUAUUUCUUGAAACUAGAAAGAUCCUUACUAAACGACCAAUAAACAUUCAUUCAAUUCCUUAUUGA